CAAGGAGAGAGACCUGUAACACGUCACCUUCCGAAUCACAGCAGACCGGGCAAAAAUCAGGGAGCAGCACAUCAAGGGAGCUUCUAUCUAACUUCCACUGAUUCCCUUGAGGAAAAUGCCAGGAUUGAAAAAUCGCACCACAUGGGCACCACUGUUGCUGAAGACAUCGAGCAUCACUUCCUGUGCCAAUGGCUGCUCUCUGGGUAUCACUGCUCAUCUAACAUAUGUGAAUACUGACCCUGAACCAGUGGAGGGUGUAUUUGUGUACCCUCUGGGCGAGAAAGAGGUAUUGGUGGGUUUUGAGGCAGUGGUGUCCGGCAGGCUUGUCAGUGUGGAACUCCAGAGCCGUGGGAAGUUGGAAAACUGCUGUUUGGACUGCUGCCCAGGAUCAGCGCCACACACACAGUGUGGCCACAGCAAGGAGUGGAGCUGCUGUGGAGGAACAGGUCUUGAGAUACAGUGCUCCAAUGGUCAUCUGUUGCUGGAUGAAGACCUGGAGAGGAGCACCUUCAUUGUGAGCACAGGUCAGAUUGGACCUCUAGAAAUAGUGUCCGUUGUCAUCAGUACCACCCAUGAACUCCCUACACUUGAAAAUGGUGCAAUCCGCCUGGUCUACCCCACAGUGCUCACACCUAUAGUCAGAGCUCAGGUUCAACGAAGCAGAUGUGAAAUUGGGGGGAAAUCAGAGGAGAAUAGCCCUACUACGUGCUUUGGCAGUGUGUCCGGGAAGGAGGAGAGGAUUCUGGGAGUUGAGCAGCAGUGUGCUCAUGCUCUGCUCACCAGUUCUGCAACGAACCUGUUGCCUUACCAGCUUAGCUUCCAACUUCUAGUCCGAGGAGCCUGUCUGCUUGCCGGUCUGGAAAGCCCCACACAUGCUCUACGGGCUGAUGCUGACCCCAGUGCCAAGUCUGCCUCUGCAACCUACAUCACACUGGCAGAGGAGCAUCCAUGUGACCGAAAUCUGGAGAUAAUCCUACAUCUUAGUGAGCCUCAUAGCCCACUGGUCAUCUUGGAGAGGGGUCGGCUCACCUUUAGCGAAUAUGAGCAGCAGAUCCGUGCUCGUCGUGAUUUCAUUCGCUGUGCCCGUAAGGAGGAGGAGCCUGAGAAAAGGCUGGAGUUCAUGCGAAAGCGUUACCAUAAGGAUCUACUGUUGAACCCCGUCCUGAUGCUUAAUUUCUGCCCAGACCUCCAAUCAGAACCAACAGAACUGCAGCAGGCCAGCAGAGAGCUCAUCUUCCUCAUUGACAACAGCAACACCAUGACACAGCACAACAUCAACAAAAUCAAGGAGGGGAUGCUGGUGGCCAUUAAGAGUCUGCCAACACGCACCAUGCUGAACAUCACUGUCAUCUGCUCUACAGUCCGGCCUCUGUUCACUUCCAGCAAACCCUGCACAGAUAGCACAGUGACUCAGGCAUUGGAGUAUAUCCAGAAGAUGCGUACAGAUCAAGGUGGUGCUAACCUGUGGGGUGCACUCUCCUGGGUCUAUCGACAGCCUGUUCAACGUAACUGCCCACGACAACUUUUCAUCCUAAUGAAUGGAAUGCUUAACAAUGUAGGCCGUGUGUUAGAACUGGUCAGGAGGAACACCUGUUAUGUCAGGUGUUUCGGCCUGGGCCUUGGUCCACAUGCCUGUCGGAGGCUACUGCAGGGCGUUGCCAAGGUUACUGGAGGCAGUACAGAGUUUCUCAGUGAGGAAGAGAGGCUUCAGCCAAAGCUGAUUAAGUGUCUGAAGAAAGCUCUUGAACCUGUGCUGACGGAUGUACGGAUCGACUGGUAUGUGCCGGAUAAUGUAGAGGCUCAUCUCUCGCCCAAUGAAAUUCCUCCGCUCUACCCUGGCAGCUGCCUGAUUGGCUACUGUACACUCUAUGACAUGUCUGGAUUCAGUGCCCGGAAAAGUGAGGUGACGUCUCAUGCAUACAGAGGCCAGCCACGUGGAUCGGCCGGGUCAGUUUUCGAGCAUUCUCCCUCCACUUCCGAGCUCCUUCAGCCUCUAGUUCCCCAGGAGGAAAGAGAAAGAGAGGCAGAGAAAGAAAGUGGGGUGGAUGGAGACUUUGAGGAAGCGCUGAAAGAAAUCUCGGGAGAAAUAUCGUCGGAGUUCUCCUGCGCACAUGCUACAAAUAAUGCUGUCAGCCCUGGUGGCGACACUGACUACAGCAGCUGUGACGUGCGCUGGCGUAUUCAACAGGAUUCAUACAUUCAGGACCAGUAUGUGUUGACACGCUGUUCUCUGAGUGGUGAGAGGGCCUUCUCCUCUGUUUCUUCCCAAGCUGAAUGCUCUGUGCUGGGCAUGGGUUCUCUGCCACAUGGAUUAGAGAGAAUUGAGCCUGCACAGGGAAGAGGCCUCUCGCGUUGGGAAUCUCCUUGGGCACAGAACACCACCUCUUCAGGGGAAAUGGAUUCGUCAGAGAAGGCUGGCAAGCUUUUAGAUCACGAUGAGUUUCGUCGCAGACAAAGGGCGCUGGCUCGCUCUGCCCUGGCUGGCCGAAGUUUCUCAUCUCCGCAGGGCGACCUGGACAUGCACCGCCUGAGAAGGGCGCUAGAGAAGGUCUCAUUCGAGCAGGCUGUGGGGGGGCAGCUGGAGGAGAGCGACACAGACACUCACAGCACUUCACGAGGAGUUCUGUCCCACCCAAGUGUAAAAGACUCCAGCCUCCUGUUCCCUGCCUCCCCACUAGAUUGGGACACCUUUACUGAUCCAGAAUGCCUGUUUUCAGCUGCUCCUCCAGAGGAGUCCCAGGCUCCAGGGGCCCAUUGUCGCUCAGUCAUCCAUGGUGUGCUGAACGGAAAAUCUGUGUCCUGGGAGGUCUGUGUGGAUCUCUCCCUUUUGUGGGCCCCUGAGAGCCCAACAAUCCUACCAGCCAGCACAGGGGCCUGGGAUGAGAUUAUACAUCAGCUGACCGCUUGCUCUGUCAUCAGAGAUUUUGAAAACAUGGCGGAGAAGGAAAUGGAUAUUGAACUUGAGAGAGGACCAACCAAGCGUUACAGAACGAAAGCGAUCCAGACCAGCAAAAGCUGUGGAAUUGUUUGUAUGUACACAAGCUUCACCACCACAGACACCAAUGCGAGAAAUCAACCUGACAGCAAAGACACACGACAUACAGGUGUGCGGUUUGGGACCAGACAUGGUUCUCACUCUUCCAGUAUGAAACAGAGGUUGUGCUCAGUGGGAUUUGGACGCCGGCCUUCCAGCAGAGGCAGUGAAGAGACAGAGGACACACACACCUUGACGGACAGAGACGACACACCUGCCUCCCCCUGCAGCAUAACAUCCUGGGACAGCAGUACAGGAGGGAGUAUUAGUCCAUCAGCUGUGUCCUCCCGCUCUCAGCGUUCUGUGGAGAGCCUCUUCGGGUUCAGGUUCAAUCUGGGCAGACUAAAGGGCAGUAAUACCUCAGGAAAACAGGCUCCUCUCAAACCUCACUGUCUCUCUGCAGAGACUGAUAGACACACAGAGACAGACACACCUGACUACCUGCCACUGGUGCGUCUUCAGUUGGCCUCAGGUGCGUUUUUACUGUCAGUGUCAUACUCUGAGUGUAUCCAGAUUCCUUUGGAGCGUCUGAAAAGGGCAUCUCCAUAUCUGAGCCACCGCAGCAGUCUGAGCCCCCCAUUCCGCUGUACCUCCCCACCUGCAUCUGGUUCAGUUUCAGCCAGGCUGCAGGACCAAACUACAGGCAGAGUGCUUCAUGCCUGCGUGCGCCACCAUGAAGAACAGCUCUGGUCUGACCCCCACAGCUCGGAGGAGGGGUCUCCAAAACUGUUAGGUGGAGUCCCACAGGCUGACAGUGGGCGGGGCUCUGAGACUGACACGUUUGAAGGUCCUUCACUGGAUCCGACAGAACUUUGGGGAGAGGAACUGGCGCAGAUGGAUGUUGAGAGCUCAAGUUGGGCCACUGCGGUAGCUUUGGCGUGGCUGGAGCAUCGCUGUGCUGGUUUUUUUGUGGAGUGGGAACUGGUGGCAGCCAAGGCAGAUUUUUGGUUGAGGUGUCAAUCACUGCCUGAGGGCGUCGACCUGUCUGGGCUGAGGGCGGCAGCCAGGCAGCUUUUUCUGUUGUUACGCCACUGGGAUGAAAAUAUCAAAUUGAACGUGCUCUGCUACAACCCCAAUAACAUGUGAGGAAGUCAAAUUCGUACUUAAAGCUGCUGUAAGCGAGUUUAGCUAUCUUGUUAACUUCCGCCAGACUUAAGGGGCGUUCACACAUGCUGUUGGUCGCUUGUAGGCGUUCCAAAUCAGCUGCAGUCUCCAAAGUCUAAUGAGAUUACUGUCUACACUCCCAUUGGUAGUCACCGCAUUGCAUUUCUGCUCAUUUGCACAUAGUUGAGCUCUACUUAACUUUGUUGUAUUGCCAAUUAAUGACUUCUGUUCAUUUUGUUGCCUUAUGUGUGAAUGCCCCAUUAGACCACCACUGACUUAGAUCUCAAGACUUAUGCUACGUCGCCAUUUAAACAUUUUAGUUUGAAAACGCAUCGAUUUUGCUAUGUUUAUACCACUCCUCAACACUAGAACAGCAUUUUUUUCCAUAAUAGCAUAGUUUGUAUGACAAUGGCAUUAGGAAAUUGAAAACUGAGUUAAAAAAAAAAAAAAAAAAAAAAAGCUUAGUGUGGAUGUGGCCUUUGACUAGAGAUUUCUUAGGACUAUUCCAGUGAUAUCUGUCAGAUAGUAGGGACAUUUUAUGCGUGGUCCAACCAAUAAUAACUUGCAGCAGCUUUAAUGUGCUUAUUUGGGCUCAAAGAUACAUUUUUGGGUUUUAAUCUUCAAGCAGAAUUUGAAAGCAGAACAGAAUUAAUUUUUCUUAGAACAGUUCACCCAAAAUGAAACUUCUCUUAUCAUUUACUCACCUUCAUGCCAUUCCAGCUAUGUUUGACUUUCUUUCUUCUGCUGAACACAAAUUAAGAUUUUUAGAAGAAUCUCUCACCUCUGUAGGUCCAUACAAUGCAACCAAAUGGUGAUCAGAACCUUGAAGCUCAAAAAGCACAUAAAGGCAGCAUAAAAGUAAUCCAUAAGAUGGUUAAAUCCAUAUCUUAAGAAGUGAUAAUAUAUGCCCUUUAAAACUACUCUUUUUUAUUUUUUUAAUUUUUUUUUUAUUUUUUUUUUUACUAUAAAUCUCCACUUUCAAACAUCCCUCCUAAGUGCUCUUCUCUCUUAAGGAGUUCUUUUGUUUUUGCCGAUUCGUAUUCUUUGUGUAUAUAGUCACCUACUGGGCAGGGAGAAAACAUUAUAUUAAUAAAUUCCUUAAAAAUUGAUCUGUUUCUCACCCACACCUAUCAUAUCGCUUCUAUCUAAAUAUGCAGUAGUAGACAUUAGUUCUCUACCCUUAUUCACUGCAGGUCUUUAAAACACUUUCUCAUAGCACAAUGACUGAUUAUGUCAGUAUUAUGCCAUUUGGGAGCUGUUGACAAUGGGAAUGGUCAUCGAAAACAUUGAUAAAUUGUACAUUACUUAAGAUUGUUUGGUUCGUUUUUUUGCCAAUGAUUUGUGUGUGGCACUGAUUGCUUGCUUUUCCAAGUUAUUUCUGAGUUAGGAAUACUGUUUGUCCUUUUCAGAUAGAAGAAAAACAAUCUGCUACUAAAUUUGCCAAAUGGAGGCAAUAAUGUUUGUGUGGGUUUGUUUGGAUGAAUUUAAUGCAGGGAUUGCCUUAAAUAUGGUGGAUGCUGGAAUCCCAAAGACUCAAAACUCUCGAGGUGGUGAUCUACAGUAUGAAUUUUAUGAAAUUAUUACAUUUUAUUUUCAAUCACUUAAAAACCUAUACAAUAAAAUGCUUGAAUGAUUCCAGAUGAUGCUUUCUUCAAGGUUUUAAGAUACAUUUUCCACAACUUUCCAGUUGUUAGGCUUUGUUAAUACCCUCAAACUGGAAUAAGAUCAUGGACAACAGUUGUAACAGCUGUAUAGUUAUUAUACAUCGAAAUUAAGCAAACUGACCAUGCAAAAAAAAAAAAGUUAAUCAGAUCAGUCAUUCACACUUCAUCUCAGAAAAAUAAAAACUGACCCCCAAAAAUUAAGCAUUGCAGCACUGUUCCAUUCUCCACUUUACUGCCAUACAAAUGCAAAAUGCAGUUAUUAAAUUGUCAAAAUUGAGUUGAAACUUAUGUCUCGUAUACAAUAUGAUUGUCCAUUUAAAUGUGAAUUAUUACAUUUUCUCUGAAUCUGAGGUGUUGUUGUAAUUACUGCAUUUUGCCUUUGUAGGACAGUACAGAAAAAUGACAAACAUACUGAACAUAAUACAAGUAAAAGAACAAAGGCAGUAAACAAACUCAGAAAAAAACUAAGAGAACGUAAGAAGUUCAUGGCUGUCGAAAUGGAAAAGCAGAUCUAUGCUAUUCCUUUGUGCCCUAUACAUGAAACUAUUAUGAGCUUGUUAAAGGAAUAGUUCACAUAAAAUUUAAAUUCUGUCAUAAUUUACUCACCCUCAUGUCGUUCCAAAACCAUAUGACUUUCUUCUGUGGAACCCAAAAUUACAUGUUAGGCAGAAUGUUAGCCUCAGUCAAUGUUCAUUUUCAUUGUAUGGUAAAAAAGAUGCAAUGAAGAGGGGCCAGGGUAGCUCAGCGAGUAAAGACGCUGAUUACCACCCCUGGAGUCUCCCAAGCAACCAAAUUGGCCCGGUUGCUAGGGAGGGUAGAGUCACAUGGGGCAACCUCCUCGUGGUCGCUAUAAUGCGGUUCUCGCUCUCGGUGGGGCGCGUGGUGAGUUGUGCGUGGAUGCCACGGAGAAUAGCGUGAAGCCUCCACACGCGCUAUGUCUCCGCGGUAACACGCUCAAGCCACGUGAUAAGAUGCGCGGAUUGACAGUCUCAGACGUGGAGGCAACUGAGAUUCGUCCUCCGCCACCCGGAUUGAGGCGAGUCACUACGCUACCACGAGGACUUUGAGUGCAUUGGAAAUUGGGUAUUCCAAAAAAAGAUGCAAUGAAAGUGAAUAGUGACUGAGGCUAGCGUUCUGCCUAACAUCUACUUAUGUCUUUUCCAUGGGAGACAGAAAAUCAUACAGGUUUGGAAGAACAUGCAAACAUUCAAUGCAUAACAUGAUGAGAGAGUUUAUGUUUGGUUGACUCAUCCUUUUAAGCUUAUAGUCGCUGUGCAUGGUUGGAAAAUCAACAUUUAAUGGAAACAAAAUCCCUGAAUAACGACAUCAAAAUUAAUGACAUCGUAAUCAAUACAUAAGUUGAAACUCAGGCAUUUUUACAUAAUCUUAGGCUUUUGUACCAAUAAACAGUCCUGACAAUAAUGCACCCAUGGGCCGACAUCAGCAGAUCUGUGAGCCUUUAGGUCUCAGAGGUCAACUGCGUGGAUAUGCUAUAACAAUAAAUAAAAA